AUCAAAAUGAUACCUUCAAUUAUUUGUGUGAUCUCAAUACUAGCACAGACAUUAUUGGUGAACAGUCAAUGUUUGGAGAACUACAAAGAAUGCCUUGAAAUGAACAAUCUUACAAUUGAUGAUUUGAAACCUUAUAAAUAUGGAGACAAAUUGCCAGAACCUCAAUUAUGUGCGACCAAGUGUGCCGCCAAGAAAUUAGGUGCACUUGAACCUGACGGAACAAUACAUUUUGUAAAAAUAGAAAACCACCCGGAAUUCAUAAAAUUUUAUAACAGUGAUACGAAGAAAUGUUUGUCAAAAUUACCGAAAAUAGUGGAAUGUGUCGAUAUGCAGGUUGCACUGGACUGCUUUGCAGAUAUUGGAUUAUCGAUGGAUGUAUGUUAGUUAUUAGCCAAAUUUGAAAAGCAUCAAAUAAAAUAGUUCAGCCACUCAGUAA